CCUCAACCCUGCACACGGCCUCUUUCUCCCUCCUGCCAAAGUUGCAGAUAUAACUGGCCUGCUUUCCAUUUGCUAGUCUGGGUCUUUGUCCGCCUUCUUUUUCUUCUUUCUCUUCCCUCCCUUGUGUAACCUCCCGGAGGCUUGUGCUUGCAGGCCUCAUCUUCGGGAGACCAUUCAUCGGACACCCGCAUCCUUUCCUGGUCCAAACUCGCCUGUCGAUGCUCCUUUCCCACCCUCCAAUUCGCCUUUGUUGGUCGUCAACCUUCCGAUCGGUUCGCCAAUUAUCUUUCGCCCGCCCCAGGUUCUUUUCCACCUCCGUCCCGCGCUACUCCGUCGAGAUGGGGACCGUCAACACCUCCGAACGCCUGGCCAAACUGCGACAGUUGAUGCAGGAGCACCAGGUCGAUGUAUACAUCGUGCCCUCAGAAGAUAGCCACCAGUCGGAAUACAUCGCCCCAUGUGACGGUCGUCGAGAAUUCAUCUCCGGCUUCUCCGGAUCCGCAGGCACUGCUAUUGUCUCUCUGACCAAGGCUGCCCUGUCGACCGAUGGUCGCUACUUCAAUCAGGCUGCGAAGCAGCUGGACAGCAACUGGGAGCUCCUCAAGCGGGGUGUGGAGGGUGUUCCCACCUGGCAGGAAUGGACUACCGAGCAAGCCGACGGCGGCAAAGUCGUUGGUGUUGACCCGGCUCUCUUCACCCCAUCCGGCGCUCGCAGCCUCUCCGAAACCCUCAAGAAGAGCGGCUCAUCGCUGGUGGGCGUUCAGCAGAACCUGGUUGAUCUGGUUUGGGGCAAGGACCGACCUGCCGCCCCAAGGGAGCUAGUCAAGGUACACCCGGAGAAAUAUGCGGGCAAGAGCUUCCAAGAGAAGAUUGGCGAGCUGCGCAAGGAGUUAGAGACCAAGAAGUACGCCGGAUUCGUGAUUUCGAUGCUCGAUGAAAUUGCGUGGUUGUUCAACCUGCGUGGCACCGACAUCCCCUACAACCCCGUCUUCUUCUCAUACGCCAUCAUCACGCCCACAACGGUCGAUCUUUAUGUCGAUGAGGAUAAACUGACUCCGGAGGUCAAAGCUCACCUUGGCCAAGAUGUCACCAUUAAACCGUAUGGCUCCAUCUUCGCCGAUGUCAAGGCAAUCAGCGAGGCGCGCAAGCAAGAAACGCAACCGUCGAAGUUCCUUUUGUCGAACAAGGCUUCUUGGGCUCUCAGUCUUAGUCUGGGAGGCGAAGAUCAUGUUGAGGAGGCUCGUAGCCCAAUUGGCGAUGCCAAGGCCAUCAAAAACGACGUGGAACUCGCGGGCAUGCGCGCGUGCCAUAUCCGGGAUGGGGCUGCGCUGACCGAAUACUUCGCUUGGCUUGAGAACGAACUGGUCAACAAGAAGACUACUCUGGAUGAAGUGGAUGCUGCCGACAAAUUGGAGCAGAUCCGAUCCAAGCACGAUCGUUUCGCCGGUCUUUCUUUCGACACCAUCUCGUCUACCGGCCCGAACGGCGCUGUUAUCCACUACAAGCCUGAGAAGGGAAGCUGCGCCAUCAUUGACCCAAAGGCAAUCUACCUCUGUGACUCGGGCGCUCAGUAUCUGGACGGAACGACGGACGUGACGAGAACAUUCCAUUUCGGACAGCCUUCCGAGCUCGAGAAGAAGGCUUUCACUUUGGUUCUGAAGGGUGUCAUCGCCCUGGAUUCCGCCGUCUUCCCUAAGGGCACCAGUGGAUUUGCGCUGGAUGUUUUGGCGAGACAGCACCUGUGGAAGGAAGGUCUGGACUACCUGCACGGAACCGGUCACGGCAUUGGCUCCUAUCUGAAUGUGCACGAGGGACCUAUGGGCAUCGGCACUCGCGUUCAGUACACGGAGGUUCCGAUUGCUCCUGGCAAUGUCAUCUCGGAUGAACCCGGAUUCUACGAGGACGGCAAAUUUGGCAUCCGUAUCGAGAACGUUAUCAUGGCUCGUGAGGUCCAAACGACGCAUAACUUCGGCGAUCGCCCGUGGCUGGGCUUUGAGCAUGUCACCAUGACUCCCGUGGGUCGCAACCUGAUCGAGCCCUCUCUCCUCAGUGACUCCGAGAUCAAAUGGCAAUCUGGUAUGAGUGGCAGAAGCGGCUACGCCAACGGAUACGGCUACUCCGACUCCAGCCGAUACGAUCGCCCCGAUGGAGGGUACGGUAGCGGUAGCAGCAAUAGCAACCUGGGGGUAAACGGCUACGGAGCCGGAGGAGGAGGAGGAGGAGGAGGAGGAAGUCGAGACCGUCGCCCCGGUGGCUACGGUGGCUUUUACCCUGAGGCUUCGCAACAGUCUCUGCCUCCGUCCCAGUCCCCCGACCGACGCCGCGAUCGAUGGGAGCGAGAGCACGAAUACUCGUCCUCGUCGCGCUCCCGCACACGAGACCGAGAGGUGGAAUCCGAGAGGCGAUUGCAGACUUCGCGCGAUGGGCGGUCACAAGGAGAGGCUAGCUGGCUGGCCAACAGCAGUAGUAGCGGAGAGAGGGAGAGGGGGAGAGAUCGAGAUAUGAGCAAUUCGGCGCCAGGGCCCCAUGCUACUGAUGGUGUCUUACAGUCGAUUCACAGCGAAUGGGCAUUUGUGGCCUCCGAUGAUUGCGUACCGGCGCAAGUGGCUUUGCAGUUGAUGGACACCAGCACGCUAGGAAAGGCUGAUCGCGAGCCGGAUUUCUUGAAUAUACACGAUCAGAUCCAGAAGACGUUGAAGUCCGUUGUCAAUGAACACCACCAGGGAUUUAACAGUUCUAUCGGUACCUACCAUAAGAUUCAAUCGAGCAUCCAGAGUUCACAGGGCCGCGUCCGGAAUCUGAAGAAUGCACUAGAGCAGGCAAAAGGCGGGUUGCUAGCGACCAAGCCCGAGCUCAAGGGCCUGGCGACAUCCUCCCAGAAGUACGAUGAUAUUAUCCAGCUGUUCAGUCAGAUCCAGGAAAUCCAGUCCCUUCCCGAGAAAUUGGAAUCCUUGAUAUCGGACAAGCGAUUUCUUGCAGCGGUCGAAGUACUUCACAAUGCGUUCCGACUACUCCGGCGUUCCGACUUGGACAACAUCGGUGCUCUGGCGGACAUCCGUGCCUAUUUCACCAACCAGGAGACGUCGAUUACCGAUAUUCUCGUAGAGGAAUUGCACGAUCAUCUAUAUCUCAAGUCUCCCUACUGCUCGGGUCGAUGGAAACAGCCUACAGCUGAAGGAGAAGGCAGCAAUGGGACCCCUGCCAGCUUGACUGGAGCGAAUACCUGGGAGAGGCCUGUGUAUGGGUUCCUUGCGAAGCUGGAUGCCUCCACGCCCAUGGUGGAAGAUGCCUCGAGGAACCCGGAAGCCGACACCUUUUACUAUAUCCAGUUGCUGGUGGAGGCACUCAACAAGAUGGGCCAUCUGGAUAUAGCUGUCGAUCGAAUCGAACAGCGCCUCCCCGUUGAACUGUUCUCCGUGGUUGACAAAACAAACGCUGAGAUUGAUACACGCUACCCGAACCCAACCCGCGGCUUUGCAUCUCAAGACAACAAGAACGCCUUGCCCACCGAGGUUAUUGAGAAGCGCGGGCAUGUCUUAUCCGAAUACCUGUGGGCGUUAUAUGCCAAAUUUGAAUCCAUCGCCGAGGGUCACCGCGUCGUCCACGAUGUCAUUGCGGCUAUCGUAGAACGUGAGGGGAUUCCUAAGAGCAGCUCUCUCGUGGGUGGCUUCAAAGAGUUGUGGAAGCUCUACCAGAGCGAGAUUCGAUCUAUCAUGCACGACUACCUGGCCACCGACGGAGUGUCGUUGCGACAAGGGGCUGAAGAGGCCGAUGCCCGGCGCCAAUUUUACUCGGGCAUUAGAGACAAAAAUAAGAAAAUGUUCAAAUUGUCCGAGGCGGACCGAACAACGGAAAUCCAGGCCGAACAGGAUGAACUGGACGAAAUCCUUCGAACGUCGGUCCCUGGACUGGUGUCCAAAUCACGACAGAAAUCCUCUGCGGAGACUGCAUCUGAUCGCAAGCAAGGGAACUCGGGUACCGGUCAUAAGAUUCUUCUAGAGCCGAGUGUGUUCAACAUGAGUCUCCUUCUCCCACCCUCACUCUCUUUCAUCCAGCGGUUGAAAGAAAUCGUUCCCGUGGAGUCGGACAUUGCUAUGAGCACGUUGACUUCGUUUUUGGACGACUUUCUUGUCAAUGUUUUCCUUCCCCAGCUGGAUGAAACUGUGACCGAUCUAUGUACCCUCAGCUAUAUUGCACCGGACGCAUUCACCGAGGAUUCUCACUGGUCGGCCGUCUCACCACGGCCUCUGUUCAAGGGAACGGUCCAAUUUAUGUCUACCAUCAGAGAGUUCAGUAAAAUGCUUUCGAGUAUCCCUCAUGACCAGGCAUUCUCCCAACUUCUUAUCACACAGAUAGUGACCUAUUAUGACAAGUGCUGUGGAUGGUAUAAAGCUAUUGUUACAAAGGUCACAUCUCGCACUAACGCUGGGCCUCGACUCAAGGCGGCAGCUCAGUUCGCCGAAUCCGGGGAACUGCAUGACUUGGUCAGUGGAUUGUGGAAAGCGGAAACAGACGAAAAGCCAGCACUUAUCGACAAGGAAACGAGGAUUCUCCUCAAGCGCACCAAUGACGUGCCAUUAGAGCCAUACGAUAUCGUUUCCGACCCUAAGACGGUCGCCGCUCUGUCACUUCUUUACAAUAGCAUGCAAUGGCUUGCAAGCCACCUCGGGAAAUUGCGUCAAAUCACCCAGCCUAGCUCCGAGCCGCAGAAGUCACAAGCGGAGAGAGGACCGACGAACCGCCGGUGGACUUUAGUCAGUGCGAUGAAACCCAGGCGGGAUAGUGUCUCUCAGCCAGUCUAUCUCCCGCUCAAUUCAGAAACAGCCACUGCCUUCGACACAACCCUUCAAUCUCUGCGAGAUCUCUCGAUGACCGCUCUCUUUGCCUUGCACAUUGACAUUCGGUGCGGUGUCAUCCACAUGCUGACCCGAACGAUGGCUGGGCCCAAUCCUCACAACCCUCACAACUCCGAGCCUGCGACGCCUUCUCCCAACACCACGAUCGACUGGUGGCACAUUGUCAACAACCAGCCAACGGCCGCAUCUCCCACCGUUCUAGAGCUGAACAAUGACUUGAUUGCAUUUGACACAAAUAUCUCAACGUACUUGGGAUCUUCGGAGCGUUGGUUCAUUACAUCGGGUCUGGCCCGGUUCAUCGACCAAACCUUUGUGUCUCGAACCCACCUUAUCGGUGCCAUGAAUGAGAACGGUGCCCUGCGGUUACAACUGGAUGUUCUUGUCCUGCAGCAGAACCUGAAGAAUGUCAUCGUUGCACCGAGCGUCGAGCUGGUUGAGAAUGGAAACGCUUCCGAGGAAGAAUUGGCCGCUCAUGACGAGACUGUCGCACUUCCACGUAGUGCCAAGUUCCUUGACUGGUUCCUGGAAGGCGCCGAAAAGGCCCUUGACUAUGCGAAGGAAGAAAAGGAGUACUUUGCGGCUAAAGGCGACCAAGCGCUGGCUGCAGGUAACGGAGAACCGUUUACGUACGAGGAACUUAAGAUCCUCAUCGAUCUCUCCUUCUCGGAUGUCCUCCUAGGACCCAGAGGAGCCGAGAACCGGGAAGAUUUCAUGUUUGCGAAGAAAGCCAGCGCAGACGCACUUCUGCGGUUGAAUGAAAUUAUGUGGGAUUCCAAGUAAAGGGCGAUUUGGAAGGACAUGAAGCUCGUGAUUAUGUUUUAUACUCAAUGAACCAUUUGGCCCCCUGGAUUCGACUCCGAUCGGCUUCAGAGAUUUAGCGCCACCACCGGUUAUACAUAUUUAAUGCAGACCUCAAUAGACGAAAACCAGCCUAGAGUGAAAAGGUCACUGCGACUAGCGCAUCGCCGCAUCGUUCGAUAACUGAUGAUUGCUUUAUCCAGCCUGCGAAGACGGGCUAAUACAGGCCCCAUCGACGUCCACCCUAGAUUAUACAUGAUUGAUCAGACCCUUAAAGGUCACAAAUGACCAGUCUCUCCUUCGUGAGCACAAAUGAGCGAUUUCUCUGGAUUCCGGUGCAGCGUCCAGGGGUCCCCGGGCUACUUCAUUUCCACCGCAGGAUCUGAUUGCUUGCAGUGGGUCCAGGAUUGUGUAGUUUAAUUUCCCAACGCUCAUGGCUAAGCCUGCGGAAGCCAU